UCACACUACAGCCAAUACAUCUCGUGGGUUGGGUUCCUUCCAGUAGAAGCAUUCAAUUGGAAGCUUCCAGUAGAAGCACUCGAUUCCUUCCCAUGGAAUAGAUCACCAGUACAGGAUGCGCCCCUCCUCUCACCCCUUCCAUGGAUCCUCGUCGCCUCGUCAUGGACAUUGAUCCGGUCACGAAAUCCCCCCAGGCCAUCGACGAGAUUGCGAGGGGCACCAAGCCUAGCGAGUUUCCUGAUGGGGCGAUUGCACUAGUCGGGAUUGGAACUACCAAGAAGUCAAUGGAUGCAUCGACGACAGCUCAAGAAGAGAGUGGGAGCUUGCAGAGCGCAGGCGUCGGAGCUCAUGUGCCAGAGCCGGCAAACCUCACUGGAUCUUCGUCGCGGACCAGGGGCUAGGAAUGGACCUGACUACAGGGAUGCCCCAUCAGAGGAAAGUGCUAUCACUAGAGCUCUACGGCGCGCAGCAACCGCCCCACUGGGGGCUCCGAUCUUCUCCCCCCAUGAAGGUACAACAUUCAACAGCCAUGAAGAAGCGAGGGAUUUCUACAACUUGUAUUCAUGGGAAAAGGGAUUCGGAGUUCGAUUUGGUCGUGGGCGCAAGAAUGCUAGCAAAUAUCAAACAAAACUGGAUAUUGUCUUCUCAUGCGAGGGUACCAGCAAGAACAGCAACUCUUCCAUCCGGACAGAUUGUGCCGCCAAGAUUAGAUUGCACAGGAGAAGCGACCAUGCUUGGUACAUAAGCAGUGUCAACGACACCCACAAUCACAGGCUUACGGAGGCAUACAGCGAGAACAAGCAAUGGAAGUCCCAUGGUUACAUAGAUCCAUCGACAAAGGAUCUCAUCAAGAAGCUAAGGGAGAACAACAUUAGUGUAGGCAGAAUAUGCAAUAUACUGGGAGUCUCUGAUGGUGGAUCAAGGGCAAGGAUGAGGAAGGAGUCCGUGAGGUCAAUUUGUGCGAAGCUGGCACAAGAAAACAUGCGAGAUGACAUUGGCAAGACAUUGAGACUGCUAGAUAAGAUGAAGGAGACUGACCCAGGACUGGAAGUAAGAUUCCAGAUCGACUCAGGUGAUCGGCUGAAAAUGAUGCUGUGGUGCACAGGCAAAAACAGGCUGGACUAUGCUACUUUUGGAGAUGCCAUCACAUUUGAUACCACCUAUAGAACAAAUCUAUACAGCCUCCCAUUUGGCCUCUUCAUGGGUGUUAACAACCACUUCCAAUCUAUUGUUCUUGGUGGAUUGCUACUGACAUCAGAAAAAACAUCAGACUUCGAAUGGGCAUUUACUAAUUUCGUUGAGAUAAUGGGUGGUAAGGCCCCCGUUACCAUGUUGACAGAUCAAUGUGCUGCAAUGGCUAAGGCAAUGAAAACAUCAAUGCAAGGAACAAAACAUAGAUGGUGCAGAUGGCAUGUCCUCAAAAAUGCUAAGGACAGAUUGGGGAAGGUAUACUCAAAGCAUAAGAGGUUCAAGCAUGAUUUCAACAAACUCAUUACCGAUGAAACAAAUAUACCUGCCUUUGAGAAAAAAUGGUGUGAAUUGGUUAAGAAAUACAAACUUGUGAAAAACAAGUUUUUAAAAAGGUUGUUCAAGCACCGUGAAAAUGGGCAAAGCCAUCCUUCAUGGGUAUCUUUUGUGCUGGUAUGACAAGCACACAACGAAGUGAAAGCGCCAACCAUAUGCUGAAAAGAUUCAUCCAGCGUGCUGCUCCAAUGCACCUGUUCGUCGCCAAAUUCAAUGAAUUUCAAAGUGAUAGGAAUGACCAGGAGGGAAAGGAAGGGUUCGUCAAAACCAGGUGAAUCGAAAGCUGAGAACUGGUCUCCCAAUAGAGGAUCAUGCACACACUAUUUAUACAAGGGCCACGUAUGAGAAGUUUUAUGAUGAGCUAUUUGAAUCAAGCAAGUACACUAUAAAAUCCAAGAUUGGUCAAGAUGAGUAUGUAUUGACAGACGCAAGAGCAGACAUGGAAGAUGCUGCAGCUUAUAUCCACGUGAGGCUGCAAGGCACAGAGCGUGUAACCUGCGAAUGUGGCCUCUUCGAGCAUAUGGGCAUGCUUUGUCGUCAUGCACUAAAGGUACUUGUACAUCUUGACAGGCAAGAGAUACCCCCUGGCAACAUACUCCAUAGAUGGACAAAAGAUUGCGUUGAACGGUCACUUUCAGAAGAAUCAAAGUUAUCCCUCAUAGUUCAUAAUGACAAACUGCGGAAGUCGGAAGAAGAUGCUGCUUGAUAAAGUUUUUGAAAUUGCAAACAGGGAAGCGACCUUGAGCGAAACUGCAUUCCAUCAGGCCAUGGAUGCAAUAACGGGAUCUUCAAGUUCUGAUCCUGUAUUAGCUAAUUCAGAUGAUCCAAAUAUAUUGGCAGCAACCUUCACUGGGCAGCUCCAACCUACUGCUUGUCCACCACGCACUGUCCUAGGAGGUAGGCCUCCGAACACAGGUCUCAAGUCAUGGCUAACGAGCAGGAAGCGUCCACCCAAGGAUAAAGAGAACACCCCGAGCAAUUUGAUAGCGGAUUGGCCAGAGGAGGAGAACCCAUCCACUAAAAAGAAAAGGUCACUUUCUGAUAUUUUGUACAACUGAUCAAGUUCAAGCAACAAAAGAUUGCCUAGAUCAGAUCUCAACUGAUGCCAACUACCACAUAUUCAUCUCAUUGCCUAUUAUCAUGUAUUAGAUGACACCUAUAUAUAUGAGUUAUCCUGCAGAACUAUUAUAAAUUAACUAAACUUGUACUGUCCAGCAUUGGAAACAUUGGAUCAUAUUGAAUUCAUGCACUUGUCGCAUAUCCUAUUUUUGAA